ACUGCGCGCGCGUCCUCCUGCUCGAGACUCCAUCGCGCUCUAACAAGCUGCUCGUGUUUUUCAGUUUAAUUUUUGUUAAUUUUCAAUUAAAUUAAGAGCUGCUUGGUGUUUACUCUAAUCGGAUUACCUAAAACAGUUCCCGGCUAAUCAAACAGUGCAGUUCCUAUCAUGCUAGAGGGUGUAAUCGAGGGGAAUAAGCACGAGGAAGUUUCAACCAAAAUCGACAACAAAAGCAACGAUGACGAAUCAAGCCAAGGCCAGCAGCAGGCAGCAGAAACAGUCGUCGCCGUCGCAGCAGCAGCACCUACGUCAGCAUCACAGUCAGAUUCGGGUCGGCCGUCCGUAGACAACGGCGAAGGAACCAAAGCCUGUCAAUUUCAGCUGAGUCAGUUCGAGCUGGUGCGUAUUCUCAGCAACAACAGCACCCACAAAUCGGUUGCCCUACUGGGCCACUUUGGGGACCUUUCCCGCGAGCAGCAGGCCAUCGUGACGUUGGAGAAGACGGCCUUCACCGAGAACCAACUGCAGACGACGACGGGUGAAAGUGAACGCAACAGUUUCUUCACGAGCAAAUCACAGCUGCGAACGGAGUUUAUCAACGACGUGUACGGGAACUUUCAGUGCCUGGCGGAUCCGGAAAUUAACCAACUGAAGGUGACAAUCAUUUAUCCAGCGAGCGAGAAACACAUCGUGAAGUUUGCUGCCCAGCAAAAGUUUCUGCUCGAGGAAACGGCCGCCGAUUAUCAGACCGUGACGUUGCCCCACUUGGAGCAGGAACAGCUGAGCUUGGAGUGGCUCUACAACGUGCUCGAGCACCGCAAGGAGCAGGACCGCAUCGUGUUCGAGGACCCCGCCGACGACGGCACCGGUUUCAUCCUGCUGCCGGACCUAAAAUGGGACGGUAAAACACUGGAACAGCUGUACCUACUCGCGCUAGUUCAUCCGCGGGGGAUUAAAUCGCUGCGUGACCUUACGGCCGCUCACUUGCCACUGCUGCGGAACGUGCGGGACCGCGGAACCGAAGCCAUCCGCGAGCGGUACGGAAUCGGGGCGGACAGGUUGAGAGUGUAUUUGCACUACCAGCCGACGUUCUACCAUUUGCACGUGCAUUUCACCUUCCUGCAGCACGAUCCGCCGGGGAUUCAGUGCGAGAAGAGCCAUUUGUUGGGGACGGUGAUUAGCAACUUGGAGUUGCUGCCGGAUUAUUACCAGCGGGCGACGCUCAGUUGCGUUUUGAAAGAGACUGACAAGCUGUACGGGAAGUUGAAGGCAGCUAAAGAAAAGGAGAGUUCGGAGGAACCCGAAAGCAAGCGGGUUAAACUAGAAUAA